CUCGCACGGCCACCGGGAGGGCGCGUUUCACAGACGUCGGAGACCUGCUAAGGACUUUAGGGUUUCGCUGCUGAGAUCGAUACGCUUCGAACAGGCUCAGAGUUUGGGAUUUCCCGCGCUCCGCCUCUUCUCCAUCCAUGGAGGCAGUGGUGGUCGACGCCGGAUCGAAGCUCCUUAAAGCUGGCUUCGCUUCACCCGAUCAAGAUCCCGCCUUGAUAAUGCCGACCAAGAUGAAGCGCAUGGUGGAGGAUGGAGACGGGGGUGACGCGUCUAUGAUUGAGGAGGUCACAGUGGAUCCGGUGGUGAGGGGAUUCAUCAGAGACUGGGAUGCGAUGGAAGACUUGCUUCGCCAUGUUCUUUACACCGACCUUGGAUGGGAGGUCGGAGACGAAGGGCAGAUUCUGUUUGCCGAGCCACUCUUCACUCCGAAGGUCCGUGAGUUCGAUCAUUCUGCGCCGUCCUUGAAAGAAAACCUGAUGCUUUUCGCUAUCCUUAUUCGCUGAUUAUAGAGCAGCCAAUGACAAAUGCCAUGGUGAUUUAAUUGACCGGUUUGAACGCUUCUGCAUAUAAUGCAUUUUCUUUUUGUAUUCAAAUAUUUUAGAUUUUCUCUCUUUCAAAAUUUAAAAAAAAAGAGACAGCUUUGCCAAAACAAUCUUUCUUGGUGUAUAUAUAUGCAAUUAGAAAACUAAUAAAGGAAGUGCAAACGAAAUAGUCAAACCAAAAACCCUGAAUGAAUCAACCCAUAAGGUUCUGUUAUGUAGCUCUUUGGUGAUGGGCUUGAUCUGUUUUGCUUAGCCGAGACUGACAAGUUGUUGGUUUGAUUCUCUUUUUUGGUUUAGAAAAUGGUUCAACUGAACCAAACUGCACAAAUAACAUUGAAUAAAAUAGGUAAAAGUGGUAUAUU